AUGAGAGGACUGGAGGCCUCCGACGCAGCGCCUCCUACAGGGCGCGCAGGCGCAGUGCAGCCGCAGUAUAAAAGCACUUGUGGGGUUGUCAGGGUCCAGUUUGAGAGCGUGUGGAACAGGACUCUGGUGCUUACUGGACAGGCGCCUCCUCAGGACUUCUGUCAGCGGGAUCAUGGGAAGGGCGAACACGGCAACACAACUGGAACAUUCUCCCUGUGUCUGUCCUAUGCCCUCUCUCCGGUGGAGAUCCCAGAUGAACCUCAAAGCUCAGCGGUGAUGUUGGCCAUGCAGCAUCCCAACUCCUCCGGCUCCACAGCCACCUACACCUGCUGCGCCCUGGUCGCUAACUUCACCGUGCUGCAGGAGCCUGAGGUGGAGGCCGUGGCGAGGAACGGGACUUUACCACAGACAGGCAGUCCGUUUGUGGCUGGUCUUAGUAUGACUCUGGGCAUCCUGUUCAACGUGGUGGCUUUGAUCAUCCUGGCCAAGGCCUACAACCGCUUCCGCCGGCGCUCCAAGGCUACGUUCUUGCUCUUCGCCAGCUCUUUGGUUGCAACGGAUCUGGCGGGACAUGUUAUCAACGGAGCAUUGGUGAUGAGGAGAUACUCUGCCGGUUCUAUGACAGAUUCGACCAACGAGACGGACGCCGCCUGCUUGUUUCUUGGAGGCAGCAUGGUGUUUUUCGGCCUCUGCCCACUUUUUAUGGGUUGUGCCAUGGCUGCUGAACGGUGUGUGGGUGUGACCAAACCAUUGUUACACGCACAGUUAGUAACAACAGCGAGGACUAAGAUCGCACUGGCGCUGAUCUGGUUGGUGGCAUUGUGCGUGGCCCUCCUGCCCGUCUUCAACCUGGGGACCUACACGUACCAAUAUCCGGGGACAUGGUGCUUCAUUAGGGUCUCAGAGGGCACAGAGGGGAAGGACCUUGCGUUUGUGAUGCUGUUUUCAGGAUUAGCUUUGAGUUCCUUGGCCUCAGCAUUUGUUUGCAAUACAAUCAGUGGAAUUACCUUAGUGAGGGCCAGGCUGAGGAAGACCACCUGCUCCAAAAGCCGCUCCACCAGUUCCAAUGACACAGAGAUGGUGGUACAGCUUGUGGGCAUCAUGGUUACGUCUUGUAUCUGUUGGAGCCCUCUGCUGGUCUUUGGGCUCAUGUCCGCACUGCGCUCCUACAAUGGCUCCUUGGACACUGACAGAGCCACAUACAGGAGGCUGAUGAUCACAGGGGUCCGAAUGGCAGCCUGCAACCAGAUCCUGGACCCCUGGGUGUAUAUCCUGCUCAGACGGGCCAUCCUCCGCAGAAUCUACCGCAUUACCAAGCGCCAGGCCAGUCUGAAGGGGAGCGUGUUUCGUUCAGCCCGAUGGGAAGCCAGCUCCUUCCACAUCACAGAGAAAAAUGGCAGUAACAAGACAUAA